CAUACCCACCAAAUCACCGUUCUUUUCUUUCCAUCUUUUUUACAACACCCACUCUGUAUCUAUCUAUAUAUCUAUCUAUCUUUGUCAUUGCUUAAUCCGUCAGAUAUGAAAAUUGUAUAAAACACAGAUAACAAUCAAACGAUCUCAUCUGAAUCAGAUCAGAUCAAUCAAUCAAUUAAUGGCUUCAGAAACUACCAAAUCUAAACAAAAAGUUUCAGCCACUACUAAGACUGAGGCGAAAGGAAAGUCCAUUGUGACAACUUCCAAGAAAACAACAACUACAACAACGGUUAGAACGAAGAAAGUUUACUCGUUGCCUGGCCAGAAGUUUGAUGUUCCUGAAGAGCGAGAACCUCUGAGGAUCUUUUAUGAGUCAUUGUCGAAGCAGAUUCCUUCUAGUGAAAUGGCAGAGUUUUGGAUGAUGGAACAUGGCAUGUUAUCACCAGAAAGAGCAAAAAAGGCAUACGAGAAAAAGCAGAGGAGACAAAAGGAAAUAAGAAUGGGUACUCCUAUCAAAUCUCCACCAAGCAGAGGGGAGAGUUCAAAGAAGCCACAACAAUUUUCGCCACCGAGUAGAGGUGAAAGUUCAAAGAAGCCACAACCCCCUCCUGUUUCAAAAAACGGGGACGCAAAAGCAAAUAAAAGAGUUGUGGACGAUAGUGACGAUGAUGAUUUCGUGCUGAGCCAUAAGAGAAGGAAAGGGUAAAGGCCCCUUCAGCGGCAUCUUUAUAGAUUGUUUAUACUCUAAGCAUGUGUUGAGUGUUUUAAAUCAAAAUGAAUUUCAUAACAUAUAUCAUAGCAAUAACAGCAUAUAUGGAUGAAUACAUUUACCCAGUUUUCUAAUUUAUAGAAUAAUAUGAAAAAGAAAAAUUUUGCCCAA